AUGUCGGAUCACUUUGACAGGUUCCCCUUCAUCAGCUUGCUGAGUGGCUGGGGAGUCGUCAGUGGCCCUGGGUUAUUUAUGCUCCGCAGCUUGGUAUCCGGCAUCUCAACCGCGACGGUCGUCGGCGUCUCAAGCGGUAUGGUCGGCAGCAUGAUCUGGGGCACAGCAGGCCUACCCUUCCUCAUCGGAUCAUCUCUCGGUUUCGCCCUCGGUAGCUACCGAUGGUAUGAGGUUGCGACUAGAGAAGCCAUGGUUCAGCUGGACCUCUACCCAGCAUUGCUGCAAAUGCAUAUCACCUCCAACUUUCCUUGGGUGCCGGACCUGCAUAGCAAAGGCCGCGAUUGGUAUACGGCUGAGACGUUUCGUAGAUCGUGGGUCAUGAAGAGUAUGUUGGUUGUCGGUUGGCUUUCGGCAGAGUCGUCAUUACGUGAGAUCAGGGAGCGGAGGGAGACGAGAUUGAUCGAGGAGUAUGUCGCUGCUGAAGAGGAGUCAGAGUGA